AAACUUUUCUUUCCUUAGAAUUUUGCUUCUUCUCCUUCCUCUUCUUCAUCGUAUCGUUUAAGUUUAAUAUUGCAUUUUGUCUUUCUGUUACCUGACCCACCUAAAGUUAAGAAUCUCUCUGCUUAACUUCAUCCAUUAAUUGCGCCAACGCCCUUGUCCUGCCUAUCCUAAUGAAUACUAAUGAGGCCAACUUCCUACCGGUUCUUGUUCUGAAUAUCCUUUUCGCAGAUUUUUCUACUCCCAUGGUUGUAUCAUAAAUGAGAAAUCACUUUUAGUUGCGAUUUUUUCCCUUUAUUUGUUGUAGCAAAAAUGGGUUCUAAGUUCAUCACUGGGUGCUGUUGAUUUGACUUUGUUUCGGCCUUUUGUUUAUUUCUGGAGUUUUUGAGUUCUUUCAUUGUUGGGUCUUGCACUAAUGGGUUUGUGGAAGAUUUCAUUGUUGGUUUGAGCUUCUUCUGUUCUGUUUUUGCUAGCUGGCUUUGAAGAUUUGCUUUUACGCAUUUGGUGUUCAUGAUUUUGUUGGAAAUGGUCAGUUUUAGAGCUUUGAUCCCUGUCAAGUGCUCUGCAUUUUGGGCUGAUCGUUUUGUCAUUGCUCAGGUGUCUCCUGUUAGAUAGUGAUGGCAGCCUUUCUGCUGGAUUUGGUUGAACCCAAGUUCCUAUUCUAUUAUUGACCCUGUAUAGGGAUUUCUGUAAACAAACCACCACACUGGAAUGAUAGCUUGAAAAAUCAGAAUUAAAAGUGAAGUAACUGAAUGGAUUUCUUCACAGGGUCCUCACAACAUUCCUGGCAGCCUGUCAUGACUGCUGAUACAACCGCCCCUAGUUAUUGGUUGAACUGGAGAUUUUUGCUCUCUGCAAUUUGGGUCUUGAUUCCUAUGACUCUAGCAUCAGCACUGAUAUGGAAAUAUGAAGGCCCCAACAAUUCAAAACCUCACACAGGAGAAACCCAGCAAGAAACAGUAGGGACUUUGUAUGAGGAUGAAGCUUGGAGGACAUGUCUGAAAGAUAUCCAUCCUGCUUGGCUAUUGGCUUUCCGAAUAAUUGCCUUCUCUGUGCUUUUGGCAUUGCUUGGUCUUAAUGUCAUUGUUGAUGGAGGUGGCAUACUUUUUUUCUAUACUCAAUGGACUUUUAUGCUGGUUACCAUUUAUUUUGGGCUCGGUUCAUUGCUCUCCAUUUAUGGAUGUUUCCAAUAUCGCAAUAGAGUUGGUGGUGACGAUACUCAUCAUGUGGGGUUAGAUACAGAAGGAGGCACCUAUGUAGCUCCCUCUCGUGGGGAAAAUGCAAAUAUGUGCAACAAAAUAAAGAGCUCAGGUCCCCAACAAGGAAGUCAUAUGCGCCAAACUGCUGGCAUUUGUGCUUACGUCUUUCAAGUUAUUUUUCAGAUAAAUGCUGGUGCUGUAAUCCUCACUGAUUGCGUUUUUUGGCUAAUCAUUGUUCCAUUUCUUACCAUGAAAGACUACCAUCUGAAUUUUUUGCUGGUUGGUAUGCAUUCAGUGAAUGCUAUUUUCCUCCUUGGGGAUACAGCUUUGAAUUGCUUAAGAUUUCCUUGGUUUAGGAUCGCUUACUUCAUUUUGUGGACGGGUAUAUUUGUGAUCUUCCAGUGGAUCAUCCAUGCCAGUGAAUCAAUUUGGUGGCCAUACCCAUUUCUUGACCUGUCUUCAUCAUACGCUCCAGUGUGGUACUUGCUAGUGGGGUUGAUGCAUAUUCCCUGCUACAGCCUUUUUGCUUUGAUAAUAAAGUUGAAAGACAUGUUCAUGUCAAAAUGGUUUCGUGAAUCUUAUCUAUGUACAUUGUAAACACAAGCAUAAAUUUAGCAAAGCCAACCAUUUCCUGACCAGAGAGAAUUGUGAACUGGGUUUUGUCCCUGUCGCAAGUGGGUAGCUGAACAAGGUCACUACUCCAUAGCAGAGCACAGUUUAGAACAGCAGAGAAGGACGUACAAAGAUGACAGAAGUAACUUUCAAGGAUCAAUUCCUUGACAAAAUUCAAAAAGUAUUGCUCAUUGAAUGUAUAAGUUUCAAAAUUUAUGUUUCAGAAAUAUGUGAUCGGUGCUGUAAAGAAAGCAUGAUAUUGUUUAUUUCUUCAUUUAUCCUUCCAAUUGGAGGAUUUUACUGAAUAUAUAUACUGUUUAGAAAGGAAUAUAUAAGAACUCCUUAUCUUUCCAUC